CUGCUCUCUCUCUCUCUCUCUCUCUAUAUAUAUAUAUAACUCAGGCCAGCUCAUGUGUAUUGAUAGAGCAACUGGCGGAGGGGACAAGCGGAUCUCGCAUUGCAGUGAUUUCUACUCAACUUCUUCAUCAAGAACCGGCCGGCCCUCAAUUAUAAUUGGUGAAAUACCCGGACCAAAACCCCAGGUGGCUCCUCCCUUGCUAGUCGGUGGUGUUAUUCACUGGGUAGUUCUAGAAACAAUAUGUCUGGCACAGAGGAAGCCAAAGAGCAAGUAGAAGUCGUCAUGGAGGACAGUGAAAAGUCCAUGCCAUCAACCCAGCAGGAGGAAGAAGCCGUUAAGAAGAAAUAUGGGGGAAUUAUGCCCAAGAAACCCCCACUAAUUUCAAAGGAUCAUGAACGUGCUUACUUUGAUUCUGCUGAUUGGGCUUUGGGAAAGCAAGGUGCAGAGAAGCCCAAAGGACCACUUGAGGCUCUUCGACCAAAGUUACAGCCAACUCAACAGCAAACACGCUACCGUAAAUCUCCUUAUGCUCCAUCAGCAGGUGAAGAUGGAAGUUCUGCCCCAUCCGAGGAGACGACUACAAAUGAAUGAGAAGCAGGCUUCGAUUCUUUUCUUGUCGAGGUCAUUGAUUGUUGCUUAACUUGAUGUAUAAAUGAGUGACCUGCUGCUGAAAUAAAAACUGCGACCAUGUUUUCGUACUUAAGGAAGAAUUUACCUACACAUUGUAAUUGGUGCUGUAUUUUUCCAGUCUGGAGUACUUCUUGAUCUUGCUCCUGUUGUAGACUGUUUUUCUGCUUUGGUUCCAAUUUCACCGUUAAGAUUUCGGACCAUUUGUUCGAGUUUCUA